GGGCGGAGGCUGUGGCGCCCAAAAGGGGCUGGAACUCUGAGAGGCGGGCUAGGCCUUAGCCAAUGGGCUGAGGGAAUCGAAAAGGAGGCGUGGCCUCUCGCGGCCAAUAGGUGAACGCGCCCUCGUUGCCGCUCUAUGCCGCUCCGCCCCGGCUCGCUGGUCCCAGAAGGCGUCGGGUUUCCCAAGAUGGCGGCCGACGUGUCCGUUACUCACCGGCCCCCGCUGAGCCCGGAGGCUGGGGCCGAGGUUGAAGCCGACGAUGCCGCGGAGCGCCGGGCGCCCGAAGAACUGCCGCUGCUAGAUCCAGAGGAGAUCCGGAAACGCCUGGAACAUACUGAGCGCCAGUUCCGUAACCGCCGCAAGAUACUGAUCCGAGGCCUCCCGGGGGACGUGACCAACCAGGAAGUGCACGACCUGCUCAGCGACUAUGAGCUCAAGUACUGUUUUGUGGACAAAUACAAAGGGACAGCCUUUGUGACCCUGCUGAAUGGGGAGCAGGCCGAGGCCGCCAUCAGCACCUUUCACCAGAGCCACCUGCGGGAGCGGGAGCUGUCUGUGCAGCUGCAGCCCACAGAUGCCCUGCUCUGUGUGGCCAACCUGCCCCCCAGCCUCACGCAGCAGCAGUUUGAGGAGCUGGUGCGGCCCUUCGGCAGCCUGGAGCGCUGCUUCCUGGUCUACAGCGAGCGCACUGGCCACUCCAAGGGCUAUGGCUUCGCUGAGUACAUGAAGAAGGACUCAGCUGCCCGCGCCAAGUCGGACCUCCUGGGCAAGCCACUGGGCCAACGCACCCUCUACGUGCACUGGACAGAUGCAGGGCAGCUGACGCCCGCCCUGCUCCACUCCCGCUGCCUCUGUGUCGACCGUCUGCCGCCCGGCUUCAGUGAUGUGGACGCCCUGCGUCGGGCACUGUCGGCCGUACACAUACCAACUUUCUGCCAGCUGGCAUACGGCCAGGACGGGCAGCUGAAGGGCUUCGCUGUGCUGGAGUACGAGACAGCUGAGAUGGCCGAAGAGGCACAGCAGCGGGCAGAUGGCCUGGCCCUGGGGGGCAGCCACCUGCGUGUCUCCUUCUGUGCUCCAGGGCCCCCUGGUCGCAGCAUGCUGGCUGCGCUCAUUGCUGCCCAGGCCACGGCCCUCAAUCGGGGCAAAGGGCUCCUGCCUGAACCCAACAUCCUGCAGCUGCUCAACAAUCUGGGGCCCUCUGCUUCUCUACAGCUGUUGCUCAACCCCCUGCUCCACAGCAAUGCCGGGGGCAAACAGGGUCUCCUGGGUGCCCCCCCGGCCAUGCCACUGCUCACUGGGCCUGCCCUGUCCACGGCUCUACUGCAGCUGGCCCUGCAGACCCAGGGUCAGAAGAAGCCCGGGAUCCUGGGAGAUUCUCCCCUGGGCACCCUCCAGCCUGGGGCCCAAGCAGCUAACCCUCUCCUUGGGGAGCUAUCUGCAGGGGGGGGCCUGCCCCCAGAGCUGCCACCCCGGCGAGGGAAGCCACCACCCCUGCUGCCUCCACUGCUUGGCCCCUCUGGGAGUGACCGGGAAACCAUGGGCCUGGGUCCCCCAGCAGCCCAGCUCACUCCACCCCCUGCCUCUGUGGGGCUCCUAGGCACUGGCCUCAGAGGCCUCCAGAAAGACAGUGGGCCUCUGCCAACACCCCCUGGGGUCUCACUGCUGGGGGAGCCCCCCAAGGACUUCCGGAUCCCCCUGAACCCCUACCUGAACCUACACAGCCUGCUCCCAGCCAGCAACCUGGCGGGUAAGGAGGCCCGGGGCUGGGGAGGCGCUGGGAGAAGCCACCGCCCAGCUGAGGGCCCCCUGCCUAACCCCCCAGCCCCCGGAGGUGGUGGCGGAGGUGGUGGCAGCAGCAAAGCCUUCCAGCUGAAGUCCCGCUUGCUCAGCCCUCUUACCAGCGCCCGCCUGCCCCCCGAACCAGGGCUUUCUGACAGCUAUGGCUUCGACUACCCCUCCGACAUGGGACCUCGGCGGCUCUUCUCCCACCCACGGGAGCCAGCCCUAGGGCCUCACGGACCUAGCCGACACAAAAUGUCCCCCCCACCCAGUGGCUUCGGCGAACGGAGUGGUGGGGGCGGUGGGGGUUCCCUCUCUCACUUUUAUUCGAGCUCGCCCACUUCCUACUUCACCAGCGGCCUGCAGGCUGGCCUCAAGCAGAGCCACCUUAAUAAGGCGGUCAGUUCCUCCCCAAUGAGCUCUGGAGAAGGGCUUCUGGGCCUUGGCCCCGGGCCCAACGGCCACAGCCACCUGCUGAAGACCCCACUGGGUGGCCAGAAACGCAGCUUUGCCCACCUGCUGCCCUCGCCGGAGCCCAGCCCAGAAGGCAGCUAUGUGGGCCAGCACUCCCAGGGCCUUGGUGGCCACUACGCGGAUUCCUACCUGAAGCGCAAAAGGAUUUUCUGAGGGUCCAGUGCCAGAGAUGCUCCAGAGCCUGCACCAAAUCGCUUUUGGGUUUUCUGGUGUUUUUGUGUUUUUUUUUUUCUUUUGUUUUUUUUUCCUGGUAAUAGAAAAAUCUCUGAAAGACUUUGCUGACUGACCCAGCCAGAGCCCCAGGAGCCCAAGGAGUAUGGGGGAGUCGGGGCCACUCUGCAUCUCUGGCCUGCUCCGGGCAUGGAAACCCUGCAGCCUUAAGAGGGAGAGAGCAGGCCAGGGCUCCUCUCCCCCCUUCCCUGUGUUCACCUACAUCUGCCCCUCUGGGAGUCCUCUCCUGCCUUGUCACUCCUAUAUCUUGGCCUUUUGAGUGCCUUGGAGGUUUCCCUGACCUCCCGUGAGGAUCAGAGACUGUCCCCCUUUUUUAACUUUGACAGAUGACUUUUGUUUCCUUUUCUAAUUUUUAUUAUUUUUUAAACAAUCCAGGAUGACCCCCAGCUCUGAUUCCUGCAAGGUUCAGCAUGUCUGGGCCUCCAUUCCCCACUUUGGUUUAAAACGACUCAGCCCUUUUCUCUUUCUCCCAUGUCUGCCGCAGGCAUGACUGUCUCCUGCCACUGCCUCCCCACUCUGACCUGUACUCCAGCUCUGGAUCCCAUGCUCCCCGCCACUGUUCCCUCGCCUUCUGAUGCCUUAAAGCCAGGCCUCAGGCCCCACUGGCCAAAGCCUCUGUGAUGCCAAGCUACCGAAGCUUGACUCAGGACCAAACAGCUCUGGCCUGGGGAUUGGGUUGGAAAACCAACCCUACCAUCCCUUCUGCCCAGGCCUAAGUGCAGGCACUGGCCUUCUCUGCCAGUUUAAAGCAGUCCUGCUGUCCAUCUGGGGGAGUGGGGCACUGUGCAUCUCAUUGAGCCUCAGCUUACUCCCGCCAUGUUGAAAAUGAGCUCCACCUCUCUACUCCCCAGACUAGAUCACCCAGAACUGGCCUCCCUUUGGCCCAUGGGAAUCCAACUCUGUGCAGAUAAGCUCUGCCCCUGCCCACCAGCAGGACCUGUUGGCCUGAAGUGACACUGGACCCUGCCCCUGGCCGGCUGGACCACCAGCUUCCCUCUCCUCACUAUAGGGGUCCACAUCCACUUCAGGGCGUUCCUGUCCCCAAUCCUCUCACACACAGACCUUUGCUGAAUUAAAGUUUGUAAGUAAAUGGUUUUAAAGAAAGUA